AUGGCAACAGGAGCACUUCACGACAGUCAUUUACCGUAUUCCGGUGGCCUGUGUCGUGUAUUUUGCCGAAUCACCAUGGCGUUGAAAGAGACCGCAGGUCUUUAUGAGACACUCAAAACGGAGUGGAACAAGAAAAACCCAAACCUGAGUAAAUGUGGAGAACUUCUGAGCAAACUCAAGGUUUCAUUACUGGAGCUGAACUUCUUACCUACCAGUGGGUCAGCGCUUACCAAGCAGCAGCUCAUUUUAGCUCGUGAUGUCCUUGAAAUCGGAGCCUUGUGGAGUAUCCGCAAGAAGGACAUUCCAUCAUUUGAGAGAUACAUGGCCCAGCUAAAAUGUUACUACUUUGAUUACAAGGAUGAACUGCCUGAAGCUGCCUACAUGCACCAGUUACUUGGACUGAACCUGCUCUUCCUGCUCUCACAGAACCGUGUGUCUGAGUUUCACACAGAACUUGAGAGACUGAGUGCACGAGAUAUUCAGACCAAUGUAUACAUCAGGCACCCAGUGUCCCUAGAGCAGUACUUGAUGGAAGGAAGCUACAACAAGGUAUUUCUUGCCAAAGGCAACAUCCCUGCAGAGAGCUACACCUUUUUUAUAGAUAUUCUGCUCGACACAAUUCGUGAUGAGAUCGCAGGUUGUAUAGAGAAGGCAUAUGAGCAGAUCCAGUUCAACGAAGCCACUCGUGUGCUUUUCUUCAGUUCCCCAAAUAAGAUGACAGAGUAUGCCAACAAGAGGGGAUGGAGUCUGAGCCCAGAUUACUAUUACUCUUUCACCAGUCAGCAGCAGCGGACAGAGGAGGUGACCAUCCCCUCUACGGAGCUGGCACAGCAGGUCAUCGAAUAUGCACGACAGCUUGAAAUGAUUGUGUAAUCCGCCCCCAGGAACACACUCAGCCAUGUACAGACACACACCGCUGAUCCUGUGUACAUCCAGUCAGCUCAAAUGCAGUUUGCUUGAGGCAUUUGACUUCAUUAAUUGACAGAGUGGUUGAUUUGUUGCCCAAACCUCGAAAAUCAUUUAUUUUUCCUGUAUUCCACUUAUGUGCAGGUCCUUCUUUUUUAAAACAUCUGGAACAAAACGUUAAGUUUCACAGGUGACAAGUCUUUUCAGCAAUAGCUACACAUCUACCUUUUAUUAAAGACAUUCAAGGGGUUCAGUGUCACAGUUUAAUAUUUUACCCAAUAUGCCAUCUGAACAACAUUGAAAACUGAGCUUUUUAGGGGUUAUUCUCAGCUGGUGACCGAAAAACAAUGACUUCAAGUCUAGCUACUACGUCUAAUACUCCUUGGGUGUCAGCUCUUUUACAGCUACAGUAAAGUUAAUUACAAUCACCACCCUGUGACUUUGCUCGCCAGUGUCGCACAAAAAUAUCAACUCAGCAUUUUCCCCCCAAUUUAAGCAAACUCUUUUUGUAUACAAAGUUAAUUUUCUCCAUAGUAGAGCUCCCAGAAAUGUAUUGCCCUUGCUUUGUAUCUUAGCAACUGACUGAAUUGACACUGAAGUUUGUGAGUGUUUUCUAAAUGGAAAUUCCUCUUCCUCUCUAGAUGGUUUGUAAUCCAGUUGAUAUUAAAUCUUUGUCUGCAAUAAACAAUUCCAAAAAAAUGAA